AUGAAUGCUUUUAGAUUAAUAGGUGAUAUAUUACAUUUAGUAAGUAUGUACAUACUUAUUAUAAAAUUAAAAAAGUCAAAAAAUUGUAUAGGGAUUUCUUGUCGUAUGCAAGAAUUGUAUUUAAUAGUUUUUUUAUGCAGAUAUAUUGAUCUUUUUUUCGUUUUUGUGAGCUUAUACAAUACUAUUAUGAAGAUAACAUUUAUAUUAACUAUAGCAUAUACAAUAUAUUUAAUAAGAUUUAAGCUUCCUAUUUCCCAAACAUACAAUAGAAAAGUUGAUAAUUUUAAAAGUGAAAAGUAUUUAAUUCCACCCUUUCUAAGUUUAUUAACAUGUAAAACAUAUAAUCUUUAUAAUAUAUUAUGGACAUUUUCUAUAUGGUUAGAAAGUGUAGCAAUAUUACCUCAGUUGGUUUUAUUAGAAAAACAAAGAGAAGUAGAAAAUAUAACGUCUCAUUAUGUUAUUACAAUGGGAUUAUAUAGGACUUUUUAUAUUUUAAAUUGGAUAUAUAGAUAUUUUUUUGAUGAAAAACCUUAUAUAAACGUUGUAGGAUGGAUAGGUGGUCUCAUUCAAACAUUAUUAUAUAUUGAUUUCUUUUAUUACUUUGCUCUUGCUAAGUGGUAUGGAAAAAAAUUAGUGUUACCCUUUAAUGGAGAAGUUUAG